AUUUCUUUUGGUUGCAGUCCCUGCUUUCACACAUCUCCAUAUUGUAUACACAUGAUAUAUUCAUACAUAUUCAAUGAUUGUAUCGCGUUAGGAUCAGUUAGGAUUUUUAUCUUCCUGCAGAGUCUUGUGAAAAGCCUUAAUUAUGGCAGAAAAUUUUGGACGCGAUACACCUCCCAUGUAUUCUUCAAAUGAGGAACCUAGGACAUCUGGACAACCAUUAUCUGAUUUUCUUUUGCAAUUGGAAGAUUACACACCAACGGUACCUGAUGCUAUCAGUGAACAUUAUUUGCACACAGCAGGAUUUAAUACUACAGAUCCCAGAAUUGUAAGAUUGGUAUCGUUGGCUGCUCAAAAGUUUAUCUCAGAAAUUGCCAAUGAUGCUCUUCAACAUUGCAAAACAAGAGGUGCAAAUCAGAACACAAAGACAAAAGGAAAAGAUCGACGUUACACAUUAACCAUGGAAGAUUUAACUCCUGCAGUUGCGGAAUAUGGCAUCAUAGUAAAAAAGCCUCAUUACUUUGUUUAAAUUGGAAUCACCUUAUACAUAAAUGUAAUUAUUCUCGUGUUUAAGAUACUGUAUGAAUGAUUUUGUGGCUUUCCUCACCUUUUAGUUUUUAUUAAGUGUACAUGUACGUGAUGUAAGUUAUUUUGGUAUAUUGGCACAUGAGUAGUUUUCAUUAUAUAUUCAUCCACCUUGUAGAUAUAAAUAAAUGAUUACUUUUAAUAGUGCAUUAUAAAGA